ACACAGCAGCGCUACAACAAUGUCUUCGUCUGUGGCGAAAGAGGAAAGACACAAGAGACGUACUCUGGUGCUGAGGCCCUCCUCUCGGACCAUCAAUGUGUCAGUGUCGGGCAUACAUGGAGUCAACCAAAGUACAAGAUACUCAAAUGGCGUCGUCGGUUCACCGAGCAGAAAAAGUUUCAGUCUGGGCGGUGGAAGCAAACUCCUGGAGAAGAGCGUCGUUCAGACUCCGAGACAAGCUGCUCGGGUGUUCGAUGAAGAAGGCAAUGACGUCACUCCUCAGGUGUUGUACCAGGCAGAUCCAGCAGCUGUGCAGGCUAAAGCCAGCAGGUUCUUUAUGGAUGAAAUCUCUGCUGGUGGAUCAGCAUCAGACCAGACAACAACCACCGGGAGCUUCACAAUGCCUUUCUCCAGGGAAGCAGCAGAAUAUGCCAGCAAGUCUACCAUAGAAAUUCGGGCGUAGAAUGAGGAGAUUGAGGAUACAUUUUCCAAACGGGACAUGUCCAUCAACAUCCCAGAUGUGCAGGGGAAAAGAGACGCUCUGAAAGAACACGUGACAGAGGAUAUGUUGAAAGAGGUCAUAGAGGUCUACAUCUCUGAGACAGACAGCAUUUCACUGCUGGACAUACCGAGCACAUUCGUGUCAGUGGCUGCUCAUGAUGCAGAAGCUAUCAUACAGAGAAACAAUCAGUAUGCUGAGGUUUGCAGGAACAGAAUGGGCAAUGAUAAGUACGUGGAUCGAUCAAUGCAGACAUUGAAUGGAGAACCUAAGAAUAAACAGGUCCAGAGCGACAGCAUCGUCAUGGUGGACACAGCCACGACUGUUACCGCCUGGGACAUGUAUGACACUUAUAUCAGCCCCAAGCAGGAUGAAACAGUGUGUACCCCUCAAGCAGAGAGGGCUGACUAUCCGGAGGUUGCUGUGGACACCAGCAGAGGGGCAGAGAAGAACAUGUCAGUGGGCAGUUCAACCAGUACAGGCAGUGCUGCUAGCUCAUUGAAAGAACAGGAAGUGAUUGGGAAUGGGUUAAACGCUGAGUCAGAGCUGCACUUGAUCAUGCUGUCAGAGAAAUUCCAACACUUAUUACUAGUAACGGAGAGGAGCAUACUGGGAAAUGUCUUUCAACCCAAGCUGGCCGCUUACAGAGAGCUGCCCAUACUGGAAGACCCAGACAGUCCAAUGAAGCCUGGGACGGUGGAGCAGAGGGAGGAUACAGAAAGCCCCCGACCUCCAGCUGUGGAGUGUCUCUGGGCCUUCAGCUGUGAGCUCAGCAGAGGACGCAGCGUCAGCAGCAUGGCCUGGAACAAGAAGUACCCGGACCUCUUGGCUGUGGGCUAUGGUGAGCUUUACUCCAGUAACCAGAAACCAGGCCUGGUGUGCUGCUGGUCUCACAAAAACCCCACUUGGCCUGAGCGUGUCAUAUACUGUGACAGCGCUGUCACUUCCUUGGAUUUCUCAUUCAACAACCCCAGUCAGCUGGCUGUAGGCAUGCAAGAUGGCAGUCUCGUUAUCUACAAUGUGCAGAGUCGAAACCAGUUAUGCGUUGCCAGCAGCAGUGAAUGUACCAACAAGCACUUGGCUCCAGUGUGGCAGCUAAGGUGGACGCAACAAGAUUUGAGCUUAACAGGAGAGGAGAAGUUAGAAGCUCUCUAUACUGUGGCUGCAGAUGGCAAGAUUUGCAAGUGGUUCAUCUGCAACAAUGGCCUCGACUGCAUAGAGCUGAUGAAGCUCAAAAAGAUUCAUAAUACAAAGAAGAAGGCUGGAGGCAACAAGACGGAAAAGAAGACAGAGAGUGUUCUGUCAGCACUGUCUCCCGGCCUGUGUUUUGACUUCCAUCCAAGAGAUUCCGGUAUCUACUUGGUUGGCACAUGGGAAGGUCUCAUCCAUAAGUGCUCCAGCUCCAACAGUCAGCAGUUUCUGGAUACUUACAGGAAGCACUUUUGUCCUGUGAACUGCAUCAUAUGGUGUCCACUCAUUCCUGAUGUGUUCCUGAGCUGCUCCUCUGACUGGACCAUCCAGUUGUGGAAGCAGGACCACCUCAACCCUGUGUUAGGUUUCAGCUCUACGCAGAAAGCCGUGUGCGACAUCAAGUGGUCCCCGAAGUGGGCCACAGUAUUUGGAGCUGUCAAUGAGGGACAGCUGGAAAUUUGGGACCUGAAUUCCAGCAUCUUGGACCCAGUCAUUGUGCAGCCUGCUGCCCCUGGUGUGAAGAUGACGUCCCUGCUGUUUGCCACACAGACAGACUGUGUCCUGGUAGGAGACAGUGACGGUCAAGUGACUGUCUACCAGCUCAAGAACCUCAGUGUGGGAAAGAACAGCCAGGUGGAUAUUAUGGAAGACAUCAUCCGCUCUGCAGCUUCCAGAUAGCUUUCAGAAACACACAGAUGGCCAUUUGG